UGAUCGCUGAGUGUAGGGACACGACUGGAAAGAUUCGAAGUGUAGGACUUACCUGUUUGAAACAACUCCUUUAAUAGUUGUGUUUCUCACCAAAGUAACAUGUAUUUCAUUACUUAUUCAAUUAUUUGAGUAACGGCAAAUACUGGAAUAUACUACAUCACAGACAAGUAUACUAUAGGUACUAUAGGGAUAGUAUAUUAAUUUUAUUCAAUUCAUCACAAAUCUGGAUUACAAUUCACAUAGAGAUUAUCAAUACCCAUACGUUGGUUUGUGUAACAUUAAAUCUAGGAGUAUCGAUCAACUUAAUGUUCAAAUACCUACGUUCAAAGUUUGAUAAGAAAAAGGAAUUCUGAGCAAGAGUCACUAGAGACAGCAUUCAAGGAGACCAAUUCUGGGACAAUAUCUGUGUUCAUCCUUCAAUAUUGGGUCACAGGCUAGAGAGUUGACUGCAUUAAUGAGACACUUUAAACUGUUUUUAAUUGGAGUAGUUUUUAUUUUAUAAGUUCAUAAAAUGUUAUCAUAGAGGAUAACAUUCAAAUAGGAAUAAUAAUCCGGAGGGAAAUAGAUAAACUACGGAAUCAAAACUAAUAUGUCAAUAAUCGAGAUUAUGGGCAUCCUUACAAAGUAACAAGCAAGAAUUGCUGAUGACAUUUAUAAUUAAGUCUGAAAAAGUCUUAAGAUGAAUCUCAUGAUUCUGGAAAUUUUGACUCUGGGUAUGCUAUUUUCCUCGACCAAUGCCCAGCUUCAGGAUGUGGUGUUCACUCAGCCAGAGGAGCAAAGUGCUGGUCAGUUCGUUGGCAGUGUUGCAACAAGCCCUAGCUUAACUGCAUUCAUUGGAGACACUGACCGCGCUAGCUUGAGGUACAACAUUCUUUCUGACAGCGGCAACAAAAAUGGUGAUUUGUUCAGAAUUGAUCCUUUCUCCGGAAAUGUGACGUUCGGAGUCAGGGUUGACAAAGAAAAGGCUUGCCCCACCAGCGAUUUGUGUGAACUCAACUUUGCCGUUGCAGUUACUGGAAGCAGCAACUUCUUUACCAGAGUUGCCGUGAAAGUUGUCAUUACGGAUAUUAACGACAACAGCCCAACGUUCAAGGACAGCUCCAUGGAUGUGCACAUUAGCGAGGCGGCCCCAGUUGGUUCUUCUUUUUCGUUGAGUCCCGCCACUGAUCUAGAUCUCAGCGCGGAAAACGGCGUCAGCAGUUACGGAAUAGAACCCGAGAGCGAUACUUUUAGAUUGGCUGUCAUUCAGAACCAGGUGGGGACGUCGCAAGUUUACCUUGUGACAAAACAGAACCUCGAUCGCGAGACCAUAGACUCUUAUAAACUAAUCGUGGUGGCCAAGGAUGGCGGCACUCCCCAGAGAAGUGGAACCUUAACGGUGAACGUGGUGGUGGAUGACUUCAACGACAACAGUCCCGUAUUCUCGAGCACCAUCUACGCCGCCAGCUUCAACGAGACAGCGGGUACGGGAUACAAUGUUCUAACCGUCAGUGCCACGGAUCUCGAUACGGGCGACAAUGGUAAAGUCAUCUACAGCCUCAGUACGUUUCAGCCACCCAACAAGUUUGAUUUACGAGACAAGAUUGACGUCAACAGCACAUCGGGCGUUGUUUUCCUGAAGAAGCCAUUGCCGAGUGGAGAAUACCAGGUUUUGAUUGACGCUCGAGACUUGGGCUACCCACAGAGAUUCAAUCAGUCGUUAUUAAAAAUUUCCGUACUGGACACGGAAAACAGCCAGCCCAUUCUGACGUUGACUCCAGUGCCCAACAAUGAUCUACCAGCAGGCUGGGUGCCCGAGGUUAUCGCGGGCGCUGGCACAGUCGUGGCUGUUCUUACAGUCGAUGAUCCAGAUUCGGGUCAGAACGGAAUCGUCGUAUGCUCCAGUCUUGAACCAAACUUUCUCCUCCAGCAGCUAGGCCCCGGGGCCUACAAAUUGACACUUGCUGGGCCCUUAGACAGGGAGCGUAAUGGGAGUUUUAGCGUCACUGUAAUAUGUCAGGACCACGGUACGCCUAGUCUCAACGGUACCGCUAGCAUUGUCAUCCACGUCUGGGAUAUGAAUGACAAUAAGCCGAUCUUUGGGAAAUCCACAUACACUGCCAGCAUCAUUGAAAACAAUCUGAAAAGCGAUACUGUGCUCGUUGUAAACGCUUUGGACGCCGAUGAAGGUGAAAAUGCUAGAAUCGAAUACAGGCUUGCCGAUGAUGAUGGAAGUUUUAUCAUAUCUGCAAGUACUGGGGUGAUCAAGGCUAACAAAGUAUUUGAUUACGAAGAAGCAUCAAGAUAUGAGUUUACGGUGCUCGCGAUGGACAACGGAAACCCAAGACUUACCGGAAGUGCCAGCGUGGUGGUCACAAUACGAGAUAUCAACGACGUAGCGCCCAAAUUCUCGCAAGAUCUCUACAUGUUUCAAAUUUACGAGAAUCGAGAGCGAGACAGUAUCGUUGGAAAUUUCACUGUAACUGACCCGGAUACGGAAGAAGGCGGUGUGAUUACUCUUUCUCUACAGCCCAAGAUUGCCACGGAACCUGUAGUUCCUUUCACGGUGACCAAAGAUGGACGCGUACUAUCACUGGAAAAAUUUGAUCGGGAAAUGAAAAGUUUAUACAGUUUCUAUAUUGUAGCCACAGAUAACGGACAGCGUCGAUUGUCCUCUUCUGUUCUUGUCACCGUGAAAAUUUUGGAUGAAAAUGACAAUAAACCAGAAUUCGUUUUUCCAGGAAAUCAAAAUUUUUCAGCGUUUGUUGACAUUCCAAUAUUUGCUGAUACCGUGAUACUAAAAAUAGAGGCUCAAGACCCAGAUGAAGGCAAAAAUGCUGCUCUGAUAUACAGUCUUUCUGAAAGUAAUGCUUCUGACCUCUUUAGAAUCGCCAGAGUCAGUGGUGAGUUGAUGCCCAACAGGAACAUUGUCGCGGGGGACAUCGGAACCUACGCCAUCACAAUUAAUGUCACUGACCAGGGUUACCCUGCGCUGUGGUCAACCAGAGUGCUUCUUCUCGUUGUCCAGUCCGGUUCCGAACCCUCCACUGGGAAGGUAAUUGCCGACCAGAACGUGCUUAUAGUCGCCUGCAUCAUCUGCUUUACCGUGAUUGUAUCUGGAGCGGUGCUGGUGGUCAUCUGUGUUUUAAAGAGGCAGGAUCACCAGAGGAAGUACGCCUCGUCCCGCCGGGACCAUGUCCACGCAAGUCUAGAUGGCAGACAGCAGUAUGACCUAGCUAUAACUGGUGUUAAGGAUCCUACACCAAGCCUCGAUCUGAACUCUUCCUUUCAACAACAGAACCAGCAGCCGAAAAGUCACAAAGGAAAUGGUAACAGUCUCCAGGAUCCUUCCAAUGUUUCUAUUGGUGAUAAGAUGAUGAACAUCCCGGGCUCGUCGUCUGGCCAAGUGUUCUUAGCGAAAACUGCUAUCACCAAGUUGCCCGAAACAAAUGCAGCAAAGCACGAUGACUUCCACAGUACCAGCUCCAAUGAAACCAGCACUGGAGACAGUGGUCACGGCAGUGAUGAAGAUAUGUCCAACAGCAUGGAGCAGACAAACAUGCCUUCUAUGGCCGUGGAGCAUGCCGUCCCUCUGGCCAUCACGGCGGCAAGCCGACAGAGCGUUGUCAGGGCCAGUUUUCCACAGCAGAAUCGGGCUCAGAGGCCUUCUCUGUCCAAGUCGCCACCAAGGGCAAAGAACAGUACCGUGAGGUUUGACCCUCACGUCAGCUACGAUAAUAUACCACCACUUCGCUCGCCACCACCUGCCUUGCCAUCACAGAUAGCCAACCGCACUAACAUUAUAAACAACAAUGGUAGUAAUUCUGCUUACUCUCAACCUAUGACCCACAAAUAUGAUCUCGUGGUGAGACAAAAUCAGCAGCACCCACCUCAACAUCAGCUUCACGCACCCCACCCUCACUCGAACCUGUACCCACCACACAGGCCUUAUCAUGCGGAUAGCGGCGUCCUCCCGCAUCUACCAUCUCAGAACAGCAAAGCCAGGUUAUCGGCUGUCUACCCAACAUCACCACAGAAACAGGUCGCGUACCGCCCAGCGUCGUCGUCCGUGGGCGAUGAUCUGGACGAUGACAGUGACUUAAACACCACAACGUCUGGAAGUUACAGCAUAGCAUCAGACGAUGUUGCGAGACUCAAUAGUUUGGGAGAAAUCAAAGACAUGUUUGUAUGAACACUUUCCAAGGCAUAGCCUUUAAUUGUAGCCCACUGGCCCCAUAAAGGAGGAGGAGGACAAUGACAACACUCUGAUGUAUGCAUUAAGUCAUCGGCAGCCAGAUGCUUUCUCGGAAAUGGACAUGAAGCAAUGCUCCCGAAUAAGCGGAUAUCCAAAUAUUUCCAAGUCUAGGUGGAAGUAUAAGAAAAAAAUCCGUUUCGUCUAGUGCUAAAUGCUGUUAUUAAAAGGACUGCACAUAGCAUAGGUGAAAUUAUUCACUCAUAAUUAAAGGCAAAAGGAGUUCUAAUUAUAUUACUUACCCCAAUUAUUCCUAAAAAAAAAUAGUACAGACUAGUGACAAUGUAACCUCAAGUUCCAGUUUAUGACUUACAUAAUGUUGUUUAAGCAACGUAAUUUUCACGGCCAGAUGAAAACAAAUUAUGAGACUUUAUCUUUUGAGUAGAUCUCACUUUCUUUUUGAAUCUUCUGUGACUUAAACUGGUAUUUUCCCGCAAGCACUGAGUGCUUAACAUGCAGUGAUAUGCAAAUAAUACAUGAAUAUUGACGAACAAUUAGCUUCCUAGAAAAUAUAAUUUUUGUCAACAUAAAAGAAACUAGUCAAAAUAAUCUGUUUCGUGUAAAUUUGUGUUGUUAUUAUUUUUUUUUAAUUUGUAUAUAAAUACAGUUAUAAUAUAAUAUUCAAUUUACAGUUCUUGUUGCAUAUGUAUAUAUAUGGCAAUAUUUAGGUCCAUAUUUCCAAAUAGCUACUAGGUAAAUAUGACUCCGUACAAUAACUUACACUACAGUGCUAAAAUCUAAUGUUUAGGUCCAUAUUUCUAAAUAGCUAUUACGUCUCAGUUGGACCCUUUAGUUUUGGUUGUUUAAAUAUAAAAUUGCCAUAAUAAAAUCAUAGCGAGACUGAAACAAAACCGUUCCUUGACAUUCCACUUGUUCCACUCUAUGAUAACGCGACUAUAGAAAGUACACUGAAUGUUAGAAACGAAUAUUAUUAACGUUUAUGUUGAAAUGAUAAGUUAAGACAAAAUGGUUUUACUAUUUUCUUUAAGUCGUUAUUUUGCAAUCAAGCAAUUUUAACUAUAAAAAGUAAAGUUCCCCUUUCAGACCUUGUGGUCUUUAGAUCAGAUGUUGUAAAGGUCAUCUGUUUCUGUGGCCUACGGUUAACGAGGGUGUCAUUUGGCCAGCACAACGACCAAUUUCAACUAUACGAUACGUUAUUUAACAGGCAGCAUUUUGAAUGUUAAAAUGUAUUUCUAUUGAAAGCAAUGACACAAUUGUAUAUCGCAUUUACACACUUUAAAAAAAAUCUUUUUUCUGUUGGAGUGUUGACCACAAGUGAUUUAGCCAAACAAUGCCAAUCAUUCUUUGCUGUUUUCCUACAUUCCAGUUGCUAAUUUUGUCACUUUUGUCUAUCUCCGGUCUUUGUACGUUCCCUUGCAAGACAGUCUUAGAAAGAGCUGAGAAUCUUGUGCUAUGACCCUAUCUAGUGCUAAACAAAGACAGCUCAUCCUUAUAGCAUAGUAACACAUUGCCAUUUGGUCCAAUUUCUUUGGCAAUGGGAAGGAAUAUCAGGGGAAGUUUAUCCGAGCUAUUAACUCAAAUCUCAUAUUGAAAUUUCUAAGUCUAUGUCAGGAUUCGAACUCUAGCCUUCUCUGUUAGACACAUAUCUGACAUUAGAUCGCACCUUCAUUUUGUGAUGUAAUCAUUCAAAGUUAUAAUUUAUAACUUUUUAUAACGUCUCAUGUUGCAUUGGGACCUAUUUAUUUUUCUUUGUUUUAUGCUUCAAAUUCUAAAUUUUUGUUGAACUUAUGCUUUAGUUAAGUAUCAGGCGUGAAGUGGUAUGAUACUGGGUAUCACUUCUCAUGGAAAUAUACCACAUAGGAAUGAACUUUUGUGUAUAGGUACUUAAUUGUUAUUGUUAAACAACCUGUUAAUAUAAUCAAACUGUUAAAUAAUGUACAGAUAUUGUUGAAUGUCCACAUGUGUGAAUGUGAGAAUGCUAUGCAGUUGAAAUUUUAUUUAUAAAGAACGACUAGUUGAGUGAAUUUGUUAAUUCCAAGAAAUAAAUAGGUCAAACUAAAAUGAAUAAAGUAGCCUACACAGUUUAUGUAUUUCAUAAUAAAAACACAUUUAAUUAUUUAUCUAAAUCUUGAUUUUAUUUAUCAUAAAGAACAAAUAUUUUUUCAAUGUUACAAACAUAGAAUAUACUUAGAACUAUGACUUAGAAUGAAUGUGUGACUCUCCUUUGUGUACUGUUAUCUAUCAGACAAAUAUUAAAUUUGUGGAUUGAAACAAUUCGGGUGUGUAAAUAUGUAGAUACUUCGUACAAACAAAAAUGGCCAGUAAAAGACAAAGUGGUGAGGUGAGGACAGAAAAAAUAACAGAGAGAGAGAGUAGGGAAAGAAAGGGAGGGCACUUGUGUGUGUAUGAGAGAGGAAGAGAGAGAGCGAGAGAGAGAGAGAGAGAGAAAGAUAUGUUGAAGAUAAAAAGAAAACAUUUAACAUGGUGAAACUCCAAGAAAACAAAAACGAAUGAAAUUAACUCAAUGUGAAUGUGACGCGAACAAAAAACAAAAUACCACUGUCAAUCUGUACCUUCUGAUAUUCUGUCCAUGCUUUGAUAUCAUUCUCAUAAUAAAAUCAAAUUAUAUUUUC